AUGUCUCAAGCAAGUCUAGACUCGAAUACCUGGUACCUCCUCUCAGACGCUAGAGUUACCAACGUCACAGGUCCUAUUAUAGGAUGCUUGCAACAGACCUCCGAAGGCCUACGAACUUACUCAUGCGACGAUAAAGAGACUAUGGCAUGGCAAUUCCAACCGGCAAACUCCACUAAAGGCCGAUAUCUCAUUCGAUCAAACGCAACCGGUGUGAGACUCCAACUAUCAGCCUGCUGGGACCCGGCAGAAACGGCGAAUGGACACACGGCAGUUUGCAUGAGGAGAACGACCUCAGAAGACUCACAGAUGUGGGAUAUACUCGACUGGGGCGAUGGCACUUUUGACCUCUUCAACGCUGCGAAUGGCUCCAGCUACAUUGUUGACCGCCAUGCGGGCAGCGGCGUGUUCAUGUCGGACCAGAUUGCGGGAUCAACCGGUAGCAACUCGGUUGAUGUCCCUGGACAGCGCUGGAUUAUUCGAGGUGAUCGAGCGGUGAAUGAUCCCGCAUAUUCGACAGUGUUCAGCGUAAGAUCUUCUGAUGUAUCCCAGGUGCCUUUUGUUCAUCACAGAGACUAA